GUGUUCUGUGGAGGUGAAUAAGGAAGGAUUAGUUGGAGAGGGUGAGUUCUCUUGCCUGGUCUCCGAAAUUUCCCAGCUUCACACCCACUGACUGGUUCAAUCAGGGGGAGUAAAUGUUAAAGGGGAAGUCUUUCCAAGAUCCACUCUCUACAGCUGAGAUUCCCUGAGGGGGAGGAAGAGUGAUCCAUGGCUAAAGCCCAGGCCUGGGAGGCAGGAAAUGUGGGUUCUGAUCACGCUGAGUCUUAGACUUCCUGUGCCUGAGACUUCACCUCUCUGUUAGAUUCCCCACUUGCAAAAUGGUGAUACUAGUUACCUACCCCUCAGGGGUGGGGGUGAGGCUGUUCUUUGAGACUGCAGGGUAGAAGGUGCUAUGGGAAUACAAAGCAUGCCUACAUUCAAGCUGCUAGAGGUAGCAGGGGCAUAUAGGCUCUACCCACCCAUCAGAGACUUUCAUCAUCAUUGGUACCAUCUGAUUGGCUGUUUUGUCUCAUUAUGAGACUGGCUGUUUGGGGGGAUGUCGGGGUGGAUGGAGAAAUCUGGGGCAUGUGGAGAGAUUACAAGAGGCAGGGGAAAGGGGUACUAUAAAAAAUAAUAAUAGCAUGUACCUAAUGCCACCUCAAACAUUUUCUUUGCACGUUGUCUGUCUACUUUGUAAAAUCUAUCUUCUCUACAUAUCAAGAACUUCUGGUAUGACGUAGGUCAAAGGACCAAUUGAAUAUUGGAGCCUUCCCCCUUAAGCUUCAUUCUGAAUACAUUCCUGAUACCUGGAGGCUACCUGGUAACAAGACAGUGUUGUUUCAAUGUGCAGCUUUGAACGAUUGAUAUGCGGCUUGGUGAUGUGGCUGACCUCACAGCUAACAAACAACUGGCAUUCCGCAGAAGGGGGAUGCCUGAAAAAUUCAAAUCCAUUUCGGCUGACUUUUCAGAGGUAUAUGACUAAUACAGACCCCCUGGAGAUAGAUAUAUCGCUUCCCCUCCUGUCCCUUUAUCAUAAUCCUCUUUACUUAUUUGGUGUGUUAGGAUGAAUCAUGUACUUUGGUAUAUUUGUAGUAUUUGAAAAAAUUAAGGUAGAUUAUCAUUUAUUAUCUAUUUAAAUUGUAAGCAAUUUGGGUUAGGGACAGCAUCUUCAGUAUGUUCUGGGAGCUGCCUGGAACACUUUUGAGGCAUCAGCUAAAUAAUGACAUAUAUACAUAAUGUUUUGAAUUAGUGUCAGUAGGAUCUUUAGUGGCUGCUGUAGUUUGGCUCUGAGCUGAUGUUUUCGUGUAUCGGUUGUGCCUACCUUUCAGGUAUUGCCAGUGUCCAUUUGGUCAUCUUACAAAACAUAUGUACAAUGAAAAAAAUGUCACACCAGAUGCCCUAAGUGGUAUUUAUUAUUUGUAUUGGGGUAGUGUCUAGAGGUCCCAAUUAGGUGCUAGUCAGUGGUUCUCAACCUGCGGCCCAGUCAGCCCCCAGCUGCGGCCCAUGCGACAUCCUCGGGGCCGUACAAGUAGCAUUGAAUGCGGCCCACAUAACACAUUGUGGGCCUAAAUAGGUUGAGAACCACCGUGCUAGAUACUCCCCACACCCAUACUCUCUCAGAGGGUAUGAUCUAAGUACAUAAUGAUUCUUACAGCGUCCACAAGCAUACUAAGUAAUUUGCAGAGCGUAAAAUAGGUCCCCUGCCUUGAAGAGUUUAUAAUCUAGAAUUUAGAUGCGAUAUAAGCUAUAAGUAAGAGUAACAAGCAAAAGAGGGGUGAGGUUAAUGUAUUUCAGGACAUAUUCCCACAUGUUGUACCCACCCCCACACCAUCUCCUCCCUCUUUAAAACCAAUUACCAUUGCAAACCUCUCCUAAUUCUCCUUGACUGUUACCCUGUGUUUUGCCAGACUGUGCUGUAUUUUAGGCCUUGUCUACACUGGGGAUCUGGCUAAAAGCAAGGCAGGCAGACAAAUCUGCUCUUCUCACUGGGGUAAUGUACUAGAACUUGGGGUAAAGUGCAAGUGCAAAUUCUAGCAGUUUUGCCUCUGCUUUAGGGCUCUGCACUGAUGGCUGUAACCAGGGCCCGUCCGCACUGUGGACAUGGCCUUGCCUGUGUUUCCUGUCGAUUGACAUCCCUGUUUGCCUCUUGAAUCAGAAGACGAGCUAAGGUUUGAAAACCAACCCCAUGAGGUAGCUGCAGCCCUUUGAAGCCUCCGCCUUCCCUGUGGGCCAGAUUCUAAGAAAGUGCCGUCAGGAGCCGGCGUUCCAUUCAGAUAAAUUUCCUCCCCGGCGAACGGAAUCCCCUGCUGCUUCGGUGGAAAUGCAACGGCGGAGCGGGGCGCGCCGCAGCGGCAGGCGGGGGGAUUAGGGGACCCGCUGUAACCGCUCAAGCUCGCCCGUUUAAGCCCCCGGCCCCUACAGCAGAGGGGACCCCCCCCCGCUUCCUUCCCAUCCUCAAUUUAAGCCACGCAAAAGCGAGACCCCCGUUCAGUGCAGCCUGAUCCGCCGCUGGCGACGCUCGAGGAGAGGAGCUGCGGCCGGAGACUGCGAUGAAGAAGGUGACGGCCCUCGACUGCCGCCAGCUCCGGAAGCUCCUGCGGAAGGAGCCUUCCCGCAGCCUGGUGCUGGACUGCAGACCCUACCUGUCCUACUCGGCCUCCCGCCUCCGGGGCGCGCUCAAUGUCAACCUCAAUUCGGUCGUGAUGCGCCGGGCCCGCGGCGGCCCCGUGCCCCUCAACUUCGUGGUGCCGGACGAGGCGGCCCGGACCCGGCUGCUGCUGCCGGGGGAAGGGGCGGCCGCGGCGCGCCUGGCGGCGGUGAUCGUCCUGGAUCAAGGCACCGGGCACUGGCAGAAGCUGAAGAAGGAGAGCACGGCGCAGAUCGUCCUCAACGCGCUGCUGUCCAGCCUGCCCGAGACCGGAGCCAGGGUCUGCUUCCUGAAAGGGGGAUAUGAAACCUUUUACUCUCAAUAUCCUGAGUGCUGUGUCGAUGUAAAACCCAUUUCCCCAGAGAGAAAUGAAAUGGAGAGAAACCUCAACAGCCACUGUGAGAAGCAGAGCACCAACCACAAACCGGCUUAUGAUCAGGGUGGUCCAGUUGAAAUCCUGCCUUUCCUUUACCUUGGCAGUGCCUACCAUGCUUCCAAGUGUGAGUUCCUAGCCAACCUGCACAUCACAGCCUUGCUCAAUGUCUCCCGGAAAAGUUCAGAGUCCUUUAAAGAGCAGUAUUGUUAUAAAUGGAUCCCAGUGGAGGACAGUCACAUGGCAGACAUCAGCUCUCACUUCCAGGAAGCCAUAGAUUUCAUUGACUGCGUGAGGCGAGCUGGAGGCAAAAUCCUGGUGCACUGUGAAGCCGGAAUUUCACGCUCCCCCACUAUCUGCAUGGCUUAUCUCAUGAAAACGAAAAAGUUCCGCCUGGAGGAGGCAUUUGAUUACAUCAAACAACGUAGGAGUCUGAUCUCACCAAAUUUUGGUUUCAUGGGCCAAUUACUACAGUAUGAGUCAGAGAUCCUGUCUUCCACUCCUAGCCCCCCUGUUGCCUCAUGCAAAAGGGAGGCUGUGUCUUUUUUUGCAGAAGAACUGACUUUAAGCAAAAACUUUGAAGGCUCAUGUUACACAUUUCCUACCUCAGUCUUGAGUUCUGUGCCCAUUCGUUCUCCUGUCCAUCAGCUAAAACUUAGUCCUAUUACUGCAUCUUCAUCAUGCUAAACCCUAUUGGAAAUGAGAAAUAUGUUCCUUUGUUACCAACUGUGAUUCCAAUAAGAACAUUUCAUGAACGUGCAAUACAGAAGGCCUCACUGAUUUAUUCCAAAACAGAAUAGUCAUAGUUGGUGGUAACUUGUGUAUAUGGACACUGACUACAAACAAAUGUGAUGUACGCGGGGCUGGCUUUCUAGAGAUUUAAUGUCCUCUUUAAAAACAAACAAAACAACACUGCUUUUCUAAGUUUUUAAUCAGUGCAACCACUACUGUACUUCCAGAUCCCUAUGGAACAAUGGAACCCCUUCCACGUAAAAGGGUCAGACCCAUACAACUGUCUCUCAAUUACACUUUUUCAAAGAGAUAGGAACAGCUUUGUUUAAAGUGUAAGCAAUAAACAACAGUAUCCGGAAAGAGCAAGUCAAAUGAAAAGCACAAUCCUUGAAAUGACAGGGAGGGCAAGCACUCUAAUAUUCGUUUUGCCUGUUUCCUUGCUGUUUGUUUCAUGCGUCAGGGAUUAAGCUGAUCUGAAGCUGGGGUUAGGAAGAAACUUCCCUUUGUGGUUUUAUUAUUGCAGAAUCAGGGGCAUUAGAGGGGGUUUUCACCUUUCUCAGAAGCAUCAGGCAUUGGCCACUUUCUGUGACAAGAUAUUUGAUUACAUGGACCAUUGAUCUAUUUAGGUGUGGCGUUUCCUGUGUUUCUGCAUUUGCCUUUGUACUGUAUGUGCUUUUACCUAACGCAGAGAACCAGGGACUUUAAAUGAAGUGAUCAGGCUAUCCUGCUGAGCUAUUAGAUCUCAUCUGUUAUUUAAGAACUGCCCUGUAAUACUUGAACAUCUAUCUAACCCUCCUCAAAGUUACUCUUCCAUCCAUUGAAACUGCAAUUGGUGGCAUUUAGACUAAAAGUCUGAGCCUCAUCCUCUGACCCCUUCAAAGUGUUACUGGUUUGUACUAUGUGGAGAAAAGUGGUCUUGUUCAGUGUUACAUGGCUUGCUGUCAUAUGUAUCGUCACUCCCACCUAAUGUUUCUUCUGGUAAAAUUGUCUCUCACGAGGGGACUGACUGUCUUUUGUGUGGAGUUUCUGUGUCUGCAGGGAGUUCGGUAUGUGCUGCUGCUUUGUCCGUUGACUUUUUUUUUAUUGUUGGUUUUUUUAUAUGGGAAAUAGCAAUAAUUCCCUGAAGAUCUUGUGAAUGUGAAAGAAAAACUGAAAUGUUUUCAUGGAGUGUAAAAUAAAAGAAAAACUGUUGAAAAA